GGCAGAGGCGGGCGGGCGAGGUCAAGAUGGUGGCUCCGCGGGCGGGGGAGGCGGUGGAGGGAGGAGGGGCCAGACCAUAGCCGGCCGGAAACACCGACGCCCACAGGCCUCGCGGGAGCCGCCACCGCCGCCUCUGCAGCCGCCUCCGCCGCCUGCUCCAGCUCGAGCGACGCGAGCGGGCGGCGGGGCGGGCCGCGAGAGAGGCACGAGAGGAGGGAGGGCGGGGGCGGAGUCGCCCGCCUUCGCCUCCGCCCCCGGCCGCCGUCCCGGGCCCUACCCCGCGCGGCCCUGCCCGGCCCGGCCCGCCCAGCCCCGGUGUGGCAGCGGCUCAUGGCGGCGGUGGGGCCCCCGCAGCAGGUGCGGAUGGCCCAGCAGCAGGUCUGGGCGGCGCUCGAAGUGGCGCUCCGGGUGCCCUGCCUUUACAUCAUCGACGCCAUCUUCAACUCCUACUACGAUUCCAGCCAAAGCCGGUUCUGCAUCGGGCUCCAGAUCUUCCUGCGGCUCCUUGGUAUAUUUGUAUCCAGUAUUGUUUUGAUCUUGUCACAGCGAUCACUUUUCAAGUUUUACAUGUACAGCUCAGCCUUUCUAUUAGCUGCAAUUUCAGUGUUGGUAAAUUAUUAUGCUGCUUUGCACAUUGACUUCUAUGGUGCCUACAACACAUCAGCUUUUGGAAUUGAGCUGCUUCCUCGAAAAGGGCCCUCACUCUGGAUGGCACUCAUCGUACUGCAGCUGACAUUUGGAAUUGGAUACAUUACACUACUCCAAAUUCAUUCUGUCUAUUCACAGUUAAUUAUUUUGGAUCUUUUGGUUCCUGUAAUAGGCUUAAUCACAGAGCUACCAUUACACAUCCGAGAGACUUUAGUUUUUACUUCUUCCUUGAUUCUCACAUUAAAUACAGUGCUUGUCUUGGCAGUGAAACUUAAGUGGUUUUAUUAUUCUACAAGAUAUGUUUAUCUUUUAGUGAGGCACAUGUAUCGAAUUUAUGGAUUACAGUUAUUAAUGGAGGACACAUGGAAGAGGAUUCGUUUCCCAGACGUACUGCGAGUCUUUUGGCUAACAAGAAUUACGGCUCAGGCUACAGUAUUAGUGUACAUUUUAAGGAUGGCAAAUGAAACUGAUUCCUUCUUUAUUUCUUGGGAUGAUUUCUGGGACCUCAUUUGCAAUCUUAUCAUCAGUGGAUGUGAUUCUACACUCACUGUACUGGGCAUGAGUGCUGUAAUUUCCUCAAUAGCCCAUUAUUUGGGCCUUGGAAUAUUGGCUUUUAUUGGAUCAACUGAAGAAGAUGAUAGGCGGCUUGGCUUUGUAGCACCUGUUUUAUUUUUUAUUUUGGCUCUUCAGACUGGUUUAAGUGGGCUAAGGCCAGAAGAGAGACUUAUUCGCUUAAGUAGAAACAUGUGCCUUUUAUUAACAGCAGUCCUGCAUUUCAUCCACGGAAUGACAGACCCUGUAUUAAUGUCUCUCAGUGCCUCUCAUGUGUCAUCUUUUCGUAGACAUUUUCCUGUGCUCUUUGUCUCUGCUUGCCUGUUUAUUCUUCCUGUUAUACUCAGUUAUGUUCUUUGGCAUCACUAUGCACUAAAUACAUGGUUGUUUGCAGUUACAGCCUUUUGUGUGGAACUCUGCUUAAAAGUAAUUGUCUCUCUCACUGUUUAUACAUUGUUCAUGAUUGACGGCUACUAUAAUGUCCUCUGGGAAAAGCUUGAUGAUUAUGUCUACUAUGUUCGUUCAACAGGCAAUAUUAUUGAAUUUAUAUUUGGAGUAGUAAUGUUUGGAAAUGGGGCUUAUACUAUGAUGUUUGAGUCAGGAAGUAAAAUUCGGGCUUGUAUGAUGUGCUUACAUGCCUAUUUUAACAUCUACUUACAAGCGAAAAAUGGUUGGAAGACAUUCAUGAAUCGUAGAACUGCUGUAAAAAAAAUUAAUUCACUUCCUGAAAUAAAAGGGAGCCGCCUACAAGAAAUAGAUGAUGUGUGUGCAAUCUGCUAUCAUGAGUUUACAACAUCUGCUCGUAUCACACCGUGUAAUCAUUAUUUCCAUGCACUUUGUCUUCGGAAAUGGCUGUACAUUCAAGAUACUUGUCCAAUGUGCCAUCAAAAAGUGUACAUUGAAGAUGAUGUCAAGGAUAAUUCACAUAUAUCUAACAACAAUGGAUUUAUUGCACCCAAUGAAAAUCCAGAGGAAGCCGUAAGAGAAGCUGCUGCUGAGUCUGACAGGGAGUUGCAUGAAGAGGACAGCGCGGAUUGUGAUGGCGAUGCCCAGAGAGAAAGGAGUGCAGCAGUUCAGCGCACAGGCCCAGCAGCCGAGAGACUGAGGAACAACGACACUGACUAAGCUAGCACUUACUGACCAUCGAGGUGUGUGUUUGCAGUUCAGUUCAUCCAAAAUGGAGUAAUAUGCUUCACUUCAGUGUGUAACCAAGCACAAAAACAGUAUCGAUGUUGAAUCUGUGAAUGGUUUUCCGUUUACUGUGAUGUGCUGCUGUAAAUAUACCUCUUUAAUUACUUCUGGUCUCUUUGGUGACCUAUUUAAAUUUGUGUACAUUAUUGUACAUAGAAUAAAAUGUUUUCACAUUUUUAUGACAAAUUUGAACAAAUAACUUUUUAAUAGAUGUAAUAAUACGGUGCGUCAACUGUGCCAAAGAUUGCUCAAUGAAAGUAUAUAAUGUAUCUAAUUCUGGACCCAGGUUUUUCUUUAAAAUGCGUGGGAGAGAAUAAAAAUGCAGAGGGGGGAAACCAUGUUAAAUCAAGGAAAUAAAACAAUUUGGACCAGUGG